ACGAAAUCGCGCGUGACGUCAUAUUAGGACAUAGGUCUGUACAGCGAUUGGCCCUAGAGACGACCUCCCCCCCUGCUCUAUAACAUAUCAAAAGUCCUAAGAAAUCCUACUUUCGGAACAUGGUAAAAAAUAACGAUUAUUGAACGGAUUCUGUACACAAGAAACGCCAGCAUGAGAACGAGGCUGAACAAAAACAUACCGAGUUUUACCGUUAUUUUCGCCGUAAAUUAAAAAAAAAGAUUCAAUCAAAAAUGCUGCCCAAGGGUUUUUGUUAUUUAAUACGUAAUUUAUGUUGUUUUUGUGAAAUAAAUAGAGAAUUUUUUUGUCCAAUAUUGAGACCUCCUGCUUGAGAUCCCAGUAAUAUACGUGUGCAAAGAAAACUUUAUUUAUUUUAAGCAUCUUCUAUAGAAAUGACAUACAACAUAUAUCUUAAAGCAUUUGUAUCUUUAAAUCUAAUUUUAUGUUUCGACAUAAUGUAUGAAAAAGUACAAUGUCUUUCGAUUGAAAUGUACAUUUUCGAGACGUCUUGUCUACAUUCUGAAGUCGACAUUUUCGUAGACGUGAACUUUCCAUGCUUUUCGCUUGUUCGAUGGAAACUAAGAAUAUUCUAGAUUAAUGGUCUCUCUUUACCUUUACAUGGCUAGUUCAUGAAGAAUUUCAUAGGUAAGAUAAUUGUCUUUGAUUAUAAUAGCUGUUUUGUACAAUUUAAGGUGUUUUCUCAGCGUAAAUCAAUGAGACAUGUGAUUGUUUAGGUGCUCGUUAUCUAAAACCCGUUGUAUACUGAAGUUAUAUCUCUGGUAAAUGGCGUGGCUAAAAAAUAAAAGAAAAUUGAGACGUGAUACCGAGGUAAGGAGAACUGACAUAAUUUCGUAUUAGAUAUAUUUGUUUUAUGAUGUUAGAUUAUGAGUAUGAAAAAAAUAAUCUCGCUUUAAUUUAUUAAUUGCAGUGAAUUCGAAAUUCACCUGAUUAUGGAUACUUUAACAUGUGCUAUUUGCCAAAAACCUGUCACAAAAGAUUCACUAGAUGCUGUUCUUAUUGGCGAAAAAGGGAGUGAGGGUAUUAACCGCGCAAGUAAAGAAAGAAAUAAUAUAAUUUCAACUAAGCCAGGGCAACUUGUUCAUAAAAUUUGUCGUCAAGAUUUUUGCAAACCCCAGAAUAUUCAACGUGCCCUAAAAGAAGCAAAAGGAGAGUCUAUAAGCCCCCAAAAGCGACGGUCACUGACACGAAGUUCUGAUAAUUUGUUUUCAUUUCAAACGGAUUGUUUCUACUGUGGGACUGAAGCGUUUGGAGCAGAUGACAAGAAAAGUAGACCAAGAGACGUGUUUAAGGUUACAACGGUUGAAACAAAAGAUAAAGUACUCAAAGUGUGCUCAAACAGGAGCGACACCUGGGCGGCUACUGUACGCAGUAGAGUGCUACAAGUUCAUGAUCUACCCGCUGCAGACGCAGUAUAUCACAAAACCUGCAGUUCGAAUUUCCGAACAGGAAAACAGAUACCGCAGGCAUACUCAAAUCCCGAAAACUCAAGUAAGAAAAGAAAAACUGCUGGUCGGCCCCAAAAUGAAGAUAAGUAUGAAGCAUUCCUUGCCACUGUCAAAUACCGAGAGGAAAACGACGAGGAACUGCUUCUGACUAUAUCAGACUUACAGACCAAAAUGAGUGAAUAUCUUGAUGAGAACCAAUGUGCAUAUGGCUUCACCCACAUGAAAGAAAAGCUGAUUGACCACUUCGGCAACGACGUAGUCAUAACUGAAAUCAAUGGGUUGUCUAAUGUAGUUGCACUUAAAAGAACAGCAGACUCCGUCUUGAAAGAAUUCCAUAAGUCUCAAAAAAAUAAAUUGAGCCAGGAUGAUGAAAAGAAAGCAAUUAUCCAGACAGCAGCAAGGCUCAUCAAACAAGAAAUCAAGAACGUCACAACCACAGGAGCUUCAUACCCACAAAUAGAAGAUGAUGCAGAACAUCACGUUGAAUUCUUAACAGAGUCUCUAAAGACAUUUCUUAGUAUUAUUUUUGCCGGGAAAAACCGCGUGAAACUUGCAUCCAUAGGUCAAAGCAUAAUGCAGGAAGUGCGUCCACGUGCACUCAUGGCGCCACUUCAAAUAGGACUAGCCGUCCAACUUCACCACAAUUAUGCAUCCCGCUUCUUGAUAGAUACCCUGCAUUCUUUAGGAUUUUGCUCAUCUUACAACGAAGUACAAACCUUCAGCCAAAAUGCAUCAGUAGAUCAAGCCACAGAUAUCCCAUCUUUUAGCCGAGAGUUUGUGCAGUACUCAGCAGAUAAUUCUGAUCACAAUAUUAGAACAUUAGAUGGUAAGGGUACUUUUCACGGUAUGGGUAUGGUAGCGUCUGUUACACCAGGAACAAGUCAUUCGCAUCCAGUCCCAAGGAGAAAUUCAAUAGAUCCAGCAGAGAUAUCAGCUGCAGGUCAUGUUCAGAUGUUUCCACCAACCGAACCUAGAGGUCCAUUUACUUUAUUAUACAAGAACACUGUUAUCAGAGAGGUUCCAGACCCAUGUCUAAAUAUCACCCUUCUUUGGAAGAUGUCCAUGCUAUUUGACUGUGAUGCACGCUCAAACUGGUCAGGAAUGAUGCAGGCUGCAAUUGUUGGUGAAAAGCAUCCAAAGAAAUCUUCAGUAUUUUUUCUGCCAAUGAUAGAUCAUAAUCCAAACGACGAAACAUGUAUCUACUCAACUCUAAAGUUCUUCGCAGAGCAUGCCCAGAAACACGGCCUUAGUUGUGCAAUUGUUACAUUUGACCAGCCUCUUUGGUGGAAAGCGUUUAAUUUGAUUCAGACCGAACCACCUGGAGGUCCAAUCAGCAAUGUCAUAGUUCGACUUGGGGCGUUUCACAUGCAGAUGAGCUUCCUUGGCUACAUUGGUUAUCUGAUGGCAGACUCCGGAUUGAAAGACCUUUUGGAACUUGCGUACGCAUCAAAUGCAGUUGUGCAUAUGCUCAGUGGUAAAGCGAUAGCGCGCGCAGUUCAUGGCCACCUCUUGGUUGAUGCUGCAUUGAAUACCCUUCUCAUCGCCUCAGCACUUGGUGUCCAGAUUCCUAAGUUUGCUAGUAAAGAGCACAUCAUUACUUCUGGUGCUGACGACAAUGACUCCUCAGAAAUCCCAGGAACAGAGUGCGACGUUACGUUACUAAAAGAAAAAGAAGACAAUCAAGUGAUGAAUAUAGAUAAUGAAACAGAAGUUGCCUCCGAGACUGAUAAUCGAUCUGGAACAGAUGUUAUAGCAGAGAAAACGAAUACAGUGCUAAAAAUGGGGCCGACAUUUUAUCAGAAGCACGUUUCCUCUUUGAAAAACUUCUUGAGAGAAAGAUUCCCUGGGAAGAAGUGAAUUCUAGCCAACUAUGGAAAGAUA